GGCAAGUGUUGUGUAAACGUGCGAAGCUUGAAGCGUACACACACAUGCGCACUUAUGCAAUGUAUACGUAGCGGCGAAACUACUUUUUUUUUGACAAGCAUCAGCUGUUUUUUGCAGUGUCGGCGGCAGCAGCUGUGGAAAAUUCCCAUUGUCGAAAACGAACAGGAGGAAAGGAGAAAGCUGCGCGUUGUGUUCGCUUGGUGAGGGUUGGCUAAAGCGAGACAGAGUGCGCGCCAGAAAGAGAACGUAGCACAAAAGCACCCCAGUGGAAUUAUAAAUAUGAAAGUUUCUCUUGAAAAUAUGUCAAAGGAAUUGCAACAAAAGAAAUCAAACGAAACUAUUAUAAACAACUUAAGAAAAAAAUUAGUUAACCAGGAAAAGAACGAGGCAUUGAUAAAACAAUUGCAAUCUCAGAUCGAUUUUCAAACCCAAAUUAUUGAAAAUUUAUCUGCAAAUUCCAAAUUAAUUGAGAAUUAUGAGAACUGUAAGACAGAAUUAGCUACUAAAUCUACCAAGUUAGAAAUAUUAGAAGUUCAAUUGGAGGAAUUCAAUUUUAGUCUUCUUAAAAAGAAUCAAGAAAUUGCAAAACUUAUUAUAAACAACAAAAAUACAUCAGAAUUACAAUUAGAGAAUUAUAUUGAAAUAGAAAAUCAUGGUAAAUGUCAACGCAGAUUAGCAGAUGAAUCUAAAAAUUUAGAAAUUUGUGGGGUUCAAUUAAAGAAACUCAAGUUAAGUCUGCUAGAAAAAGAUCAAAUUAUUUCGACACUUCAGAAUGGCAGAGAAUAUCGGAAAACAAUUCAGAAGAAUAAUAAUAAAGAUAAAGAUCAUUUAAGCCCUCAACUAUUAAAUAGAACACUUCAAAAUUUUAGUCCCUCUAAUUGCAUUCCGUUUAAAGGCUCUUCUGGGCAGUUUAAAAUAGGAUUACCUGGUUCAGAGGCUUUCGAUGUCUUAUGUGAUAACCACAUCGCUGGGCCUGGUUGGUUAGUUAUACAACAGCGGAUUGGAGGAUCCCAGGAUUUUAAUGUAAAUUGGACUACGUAUCGCAAUGGAUUCGGUUCAUUUGAUAGUGAUUUUUUCCUAGGUUUGCAGAAAAUACAUCUUCUGACGAGUUUGCGGACUCACGAACUGUAUGUGAAUUUGGUUGAUGAAUAUGACAGUAACAAAUUUGUUUGGUACGAAGAUUUUAAAGUAUCUGAUGAAGAUAAUGGUUAUGCACUAAGCUUGGGUAAAACUAAAUUGAAUUCAUCUGAUGACUUUCUAAAAUAUCAUCGAAACAUGAAAUUCUCAACAUUCGAUCGUGACAACGAUCUCAACGAAAGACUCAAUUGUGCGAAACAAUUUAGAAGCGGCUGGUGGUUCAACAAUUGUUUUAAAUGUGACCUAAAUCACAGACAAACGAAAUUUCUGCAGUGCAAUACGACCCCCUAUAAAGAAGUUAAGAUGCUCAUACGCCCCAAGCAGUAGAUGAUUAUGUCAAGAUGAUUUUAAAAAAAUGUCAAAACAUUAAAGUUAUUCAAUAAAUGAUCUGCAUAAUUCGACAUGUCUAAUCUGGCAACAAAUGCGUAAUGCAUAUAGAAUCGUGAUGUAACUGUUUUAUAUAAUUUUUAUUCAGAUAUUAUAUAUACAUAUGUCACCAAAUUUCAAGCUG